CGCAAAGAGCCACCCUUCAAGGCGCCGAGGGCAGGACGGCAGGGACCGCCUCUGCAAAGGGAGCCGGGGCACAACCCUGAGGCAGGCGGGUGAGUCGGCCCCCAACCCCGCCCCAGGCUCCGCCACGAGCUGCCCGUCCCGCCGAGAGGCGAGCCUUCGCCUGACCGAGGGAGGAGCUCGCCUGCAGUCCUCGCUAAAGAUGGCGCCGGGGCAGAGGAGCGCUCCCCGCCUCCCGGCGCCGGGCGGUGGCGGCGCCGUCGCGGGGCUAUGACGUCGGCGAGCCGAACGGAGGGAGGCCGGGGAUUCCCCGUUUUGUUGUCCUGGGGCCCGGCGGGAUGGGAGACUGGAGCGUGGGGCGGCGAGGCCGGCGCUGAUGGCGGCUCGCUGGGCAGCCCGCGGCUCCCAGCCGGGGCCGGAGGUGGAUGAGUUCACCGUCCCUGCGGAGAAGAGCCGCCUUCUGGAAGGGAACCGGGGCCGCAUCGAGGGCUUAUUCGAGGUGCGGCUAGCCGUGCCCGGGGCACAGGGGGACUGGCAGCCCGCCAUCCCGCCGCCCGGCCCGCCGCCCGCCGCUGCCAGGAUCUGGGUGCAGCUGGUGGGCGGGGGGAAGGCCGUGCGCAGCGCCAAGGAGUAUAUUAAGGGACUCUGUGAACCUGAACUAGAAGAAAAGGAGUACUAUCCAAAGGAUAUGCACUGCAUCUUUGUUGGUGCACAGAGCCUGUUUCUCAACAGUCUUAUUCAAGAUACCUGUGCUGAUAUAACAGUGCUGGAAAUAGGAUUGCUCAGUAUAAAGGGGGGCGCAGAGGCUGUUGUUAUGGCUCAAAGUCAUGUUCAGCAGUUUGUGAAGCUUUUUGAGAAUAAUGAAAGUUUAUUAAGUGACAAUGAAUCAGAGAUCAAAAAGCAAUUCAGACAAUUUGUGGAAGCACAUGCAGAUAAAUAUACAAUGGAUUUACUGAUUUUGCCUAGCUCACUAAAAAGAGAACUGCUAGCUCUCGCACAAACUGAAUGUUGUGAAGUAGAGAGCGAUGUCAUAGAUCUUACAGGUUCUGAAAGCCCAACUGAGCUUUUACAAAAUAAAUCCUCCAAAGUAAUCGCUACAAGCAGAGAUGGUAGAGCAGUUAGUGAGGAAGCAAGAAACAAUGCCGGGACACCUGUAACUGAGCUUACAAAGCAAAUGGACACUGUGUUUUCUGAUGCUCCUGAAACAAGUUUUGUUCCCGUAAACAUUGUGCCUCUGUUAGAGGCAAUGGUGCCUAAAGAAAGGCAGUCAUGUAAAAGAAGAUCUUCUGAUGGUGAGGAAAGGCUCCCUAAAAAGCAGUUCUCUUUGGAAAGUGAUCAGGCAGUGAAAUGUGCUCCACACAGUAAUCCUUCAGACAGCGACACAGUUAUUGAUCUGUUUUCAGAGAGCUGCAGUGAAUCAGAUGAUCCCAGUUAUUGCCUUAAAGAAGGUGAUGAUAUCAGUGAGGAAAUGGAAUACAAGAUUCUUGUGAACUUCUUCAGAACAAUGGGAUAUUCCCAAAAUAUUGUAGAAAAAGUUAUUGGUAUCCUAGGACAAUCUGUGGAACCAUUAAUAUUGCUAGAAGAAAUUGAAAAGGAAAAUCUAAAAGUUCAAAAAGAACAUGAACAGUCAUCUCAAAAGCCUAGAACUAUCAAUCCUCCUUUAGGAAGUAAUGCAAAUAAUUCACAAAAGCUAGAAGAAAAAGUCAUUUCUAGCAAUAAAAGUCCUCUUAAAUCCAGUCAUACUUCAAAGGAGACAAAAAAUGAAUAUCACAAAGUAAGAGAUUCACCAAGCACGCAAGCUGAUGCCAAAGAUAAAAUGCAUAUGUCAGUAUGCAAGCCUGCUUCUCCUUCCAGUAAAAAUUCAGCUAUAUGCUCUGAACAAAGAGACAUUUAUUGCCGUGGUAAGAAUCACAGUUCAAGGUCUAGUGAUAUAGAAACUGAUGGUGGUGUAACUUUCGGCACUAUACAAGCUGGAGCUCUAAAAGAUGUUGAUUUUGUAGCCAGAGGGAGCUCAGAUGUGCAGCGUAUCUCAGCGAAGACUAAAACUGCAGUUCAGCAAAAAUCUGCAGGGCCCUCAACUGUACAGAAUAGCCAUCCUGGUUUUGAGGACCGACUAGGACACUGCAGCUCCUCUUCUCAAGUGAGAUCUCUCAACCAAUGCCUUCUCCAAACCUCAAAUUCUGAAAAUCCUGUUCCAGACCAGGUAUCGCCUUCACAAAUACAUCCUUCAGAUUCUGACAGAGAGACAGUGGGACCACACAGAUGUCAUCCUGAUCCUUCAGUUACCGGAGUUCAAAGAUUUUUGGAAUCUCUGAAAAAGCCAUACAGACUGGAGUUGAAAAAUGAACCUGGGAAACCAUAUUUAAAGCAUAUCAUUAUUGAUGGAAGCAAUGUUGCAAUUUCUCAUGGUCUAAGGAAAUUCUUCUCCUGUCGAGGAAUUGCAAUAGCUGUUGACUACUUUUGGAAACGUGGCCACAGAAAUAUUACCGUAUUCGUUCCACAGUGGAGAACAAGACGUGAUCCUUACAUUACAGAGCAGGAUUUCUUAACACAGCUCCAGGAUGUUGGAAUAUUGUCUUUAACCCCUGCCAGGAUGGUGUUAGGAGCAAGAAUUGCUGCUCAUGAUGACAGGUUUUUAUUACAUCUUGCUGAUAAAACUGGAGGUGUUAUUGUGACUAAUGAUAACUUCAGAGAAUUUGUGACAGAAUCACUUUCCUGGAGAGAAAUUAUUCAAAAAAGGUUGCUCCAAUACACUUUUGCUGGUGACAUAUUUAUGGUUCCUGAUGAUCCUUUGGGAAGAAAUGGACCUAGAUUAGAUGACUUCCUUCGAAGUGAUGGUUGUUCUAGAGAUUUUCGAUCAGCACAAAAGGCCUUACAGAGCAGUGGACAAUAUUCUUCUGAGACACCUUUCUUCGUGUCAGUCGCUAAACCAACCAGUAGCAGUCGCCAGCCUAAAAACGGAGUAUCUGGUGAUCGUUCAUCAACAUGGCUUCCACUGGAAACAAACAUACAGGCUUGUCUAGCAAAUCCACCACAGAGAUCUGCCUCAGAAACAUUACAGCUAAGAGAAGCCCUGAUAAAAAUUUUUCCUGAUUAUGAGCAAAGACAGAAGAUUGAUCAAAUACUAGCUGCUCAUCCAUUCAUGAGAGAUCUUAAUGCACUGUCUGCCAUGGUGCUUGACUGAAUAUUAUGCAGGGUUUUUAUAUCACAACUGAUCUGACUAACUUUGAAUAUCAAUGUGAAGAAAAAUGUUGCUUUGUUAUGUUACUUUAUGAAUAUUCAGAACCUAAUUUUAUUUGUAUAAACAAAUAUAUUUUUUGUGUAUGUUCUGUUGCUAAUAGAUGCCAGUUUUUGGUAAAUUAAAAACUGCUGCUACUACAGAUUUGUAGUAAUAUUUUCUAUGAAAAAAAAAUCUUCCGCUUCACUUGAAUUGCUUAUUAAAGCAGUAGCAGUUCUAAAGAACUGUUAUCACUUUAAA